AGCUUGAGGAGUGUAAACAUCACAAAAUUGCAAUUACUCCAAUUGUUAUAUAAACACAGUUCUUGAUUUGCCACUUUAUCCAAACUGUUUUGAAUAUUUUCUUUACCACAUAUACUGGAUAUAUUAGAUCACAUAUACUGGAUAUAUUAUAUCAUAUAUUCUGGAUUGAUUAGAUCAUAUAUUCUGUAUGUAUUAGAAAUGGACAUGCGUUCAGUCAAAGAGUUCCGCACGGCGUUCGACAUGUUCGACAAGGACGGCGACAACACGAUCAGCGCCAGAGAGCUGGGCACUGUUAUGCGGUCCCUGGGACAAAACCCAACCGAGCAAGAGCUGAGGGACAUGAUCAACGAAGUUGACAUGGAUGGUAGCCAGACUAUCGACUUCGGAGAGUUUUGUAUGAUGAUGUUGAAGCGAAUGAACGAAAGUAACGAAGACGAAGAGCUAUUGGAUGCAUUCAAAGUGUUUGACAAAGACGGUAACGGGUACAUCACAGCAGACGAACUUAAAAAAGUCAUGACCAACCUGGGAGAGAAAAUGACUGACGAGGAGGUGCAGGAAAUGUUGAACGAAGCAGACGAGAAUCACGACGGACAGAUAAGUUACCCAGAAUUUGUGAAAAUGAUGAAUAGUAAAGACUAAUAUGGAGCCAGAAGAUGUUUUACGUUCUCAUGUAUGUUGGACUGCGAAGAAUUGAGAAGCACCUCGUUGCUAUUUUCACAGAUGUCUGAACUUGAAGAUACCCAUGUAUUUUGAAACAUAUCAGAAAAUGACUAUUGUGUCAUCUUAAUGUCAUUCUAAUGACUAGACAUGUGUGACAUAUGUGACAUCAUGAGUGAACGUAAAACAUUUAAAACUUCUUUAGAAACCGACCCAUUAUUUUAUUUAAUUGUCUUAAAGUGACAUGAACUAAAGUCUGAAAUGCAUGUUGGGUUAUGGCUUCUUAUUAGCAUGAGUCUGUUUCAGUAAACGUCAUUUGUUCAUAUACAGUUUAGUUUUAUGUUUGUUCC